AUGCACUCCAGGUUCCUUGGCCACGAGCGGUACUUUCUGCUGGUCGUCGACGACUACACGCGCUACACCACAGUCUUCCCCUUGCGUACCAAGGGUGAGGUCCCUGAUGUCUUGAUCCCUUGGAUCCGUGCUGCUCGUCUCCAGCUCCGCCAGCGGUUCCAGUCGGACUUUCCUGUCCUACGUCUGCACUCUGACAGAGGUGGCGAGUUUUCCUCUGACCUCUUGGCAGCCUACUGUGCUGAGCACGGCAUCCGCCAGACGCUCACUCUCCCGGCCUCUCCGCAGCAGAAUGGGGCUGCUGAGCGCCGCAUUGGUGUCCCGUCGGUAGACCCCCUCCCCCCUCACGGUGCUGCUCCCUCAGGUGUUUCCCAGGUAGACCCGGUCGACCGUGUCGAGGUAGCUGUUGACUCGGGUCCUGUGCGAGGUACUGAGUGUGCUGAGCCUGGUGGUGCUGGGUCUGGGGGCACUGAGACUAGGGGUGCUGAGCCUGGGGGUGCGGAGACUAGAGGUGCUGGGCCUGGGGGUGCUGAGACUUUGGGUGCUGAGCCUGGAGGUGCUGAGACUGGGGGUGCUGUGACUGGGGGCACUGAGACUGGAGGUGCUGAGACUGGGGGUGCUGAGACUAGGGGUGCUGAGCCUGGUGGCGCUCCCUCCUCACAGCAGCUGCGUGAGUGGUACUCUCAGCGCUACAGCCUUCGUCGUGGCGCUGCUAGAGCUGGGGAGUCUGCUGGCGUCGGGGCUGGUGGCCUCGCAGGUGCAGUGUCGCAGCCACAGCCUCCCUGCCCUCAGCGGCUACGUGAGUGGUACGCUCGGCGCUGUAGCCUCAGGAGUGGAGCUCCUAGCAUUGAGGUACCGCCUGCUGGAGGUUUUGCUAACCCUGGUUCUGCUGGAGGUGCUGCUGGUGCUACUGGAGGUCCUAGAGGUACUGCUGGUACUGCUGGAGGUCCUGGAGCGGCUGGAGGUGCUGCUGGUGCUGCUGGACGCCCUAGAGCUAUUGGAGGUGCUGCUGGUGCUGUCUCUGCUCCUUCUGGGGGCGCUUCACGGCCGCGGGCGUACUUUGUUCCGCUCCUUCAGCAGGUUCUUGGUCAGCCGCCUCCUCCUAGUCCUCCUCCCUCCUUAGAGUGUCCUCCGCCUGUCCAGUCACAGUCCCUGCUCCCGCCUGCCUCGCCACUUCCUGGUCCUUCUCCCUACACUGGUCCGACAGGCGGUCUUACAGAGCGUUGUGAGCCUGAGUCUCGUCCUGUGUCGCCUGUGUCACCUGCUUGUGCUACUCGCACUGGUCACCGUGGUCCGAGUGAGCGUCCUCCACCUGUGCCUGGCACACACUUUAUGACUCUGCGUCCUUCCACUCCUCCACAGCGUGUCCCUCUGCCGUCUACUCCUGAGUCCUCUCUUCCUGUCCUUGCUGACUGUGAGUCUGACUCUCUUCGUGCUGCCAGUCCUACUCUCACGCGUCUCCUAGCCACUGCUGUCACAGACCCUUCCUUUGAGUCUGCUGCUGCGUCUGCCCUAGUUGCUGAGCUUGUCGACUUUGCUGCUCACUAUCGUCUAGACUACGCUGCCAGCACGGACGUCCUUGAGGACAGACAGGAGGACCUUGAGUGUCUUGCAGCCGCUGCGCCUCAUCUCGUGUCCAUGCUGAUUGCCCCUGAGGGAGACCCGGAUGCUCCAGACAUCACGACCCCGCGCUCUUACACUGAGGCGAUCGCGGGUGAGUGCUCCUCUCAGUGGCAGGUGAAGCGGUUGCCGGGUUCUCCGCCUGUCUUCAUGGCUCGUUACGUGGCUCGAGGCUUCAGUCAGCGACAGGGAGUAAACUUCUUUCAGACCUUCUCUCCCACCCCGAAGAUGACCACUCUUCGGGUGCUACUGCACGUUGCUGCUCAGCGUGACUACGAACUUCACUCUCUUGACUUCAGCACAGCUUUCUUGCAGGGCAGCGUGCACGAGGAGAUCUGGCUGCGCCGCCCUCCUGGCUUCACUGGGUUGUUUCCUCCUGGUACCCAAUGGAGCCUCCGGUGGCCAGUCUACGGUCUCCGCCAGGCGCCACGUGAGUGGCACGACACACUGAGGACUACUCUUGCGGCACUUGGGUUUGCGCCCUCUACUGCUAACCCGUCGUUGUUUCUGCGCACUGACACUUCGCUGUCGCCGUUCUACAUCCUUGUGUACGUCGAAGACUUGGUCUUUGCCACUGCUGACACUAAUGCUCUCGCCCACGUGAAGUUGGAGCUGCAGAAGAGACACACGUACACAGACCUGGGUGAACUGCGCAGCUACCUUGGCUUGCAGAUCACCCGGGACAGAGCACGCCGCACCAUUACACUGACUCAGUCACACAUGGUGCAGCAGGUCCUUCAGCGCUUCGGCUUCACCUGGUCCUCAGCACACGCCACUCCUCUGGCUAUAGGUCACUCGCUCUCAGCUCUGCCUUCGGAUGAUCCGUAG